AUGUCAAGAUCAGGAGCAAUGCUAGGAACCUCAGACUCAUUCCAACCACACAAAGAACUGGCUCUUGAGCAAAGCAAGAUAGGGGAUCCUGUGUCUCACGUAGUAGCAUUUCCAAAUCUUCUCUACGAAACUCAGCAGCUUUUAGAAUUUCUCAAUCGGGAUAAGGAUCGCAGACUUUCUUCCUUGAAUUAUCGCCAUUUGAUAAAGGCCCAUGAAGGCAUUGAUAAGGCUGCAGCAUUCAUUGUGGACCUAGUUGACCAGGACGUGAAAGCGCUUGAGGGUGAAACUAUCACAGUCGAUCGGCUCAAUAGACUCCGAUAUAAUCGCUGUAAAUUCCCAAAUCGAUGGGACGGCGACGGCGGGUAUCUAGAUUAUAUCACAGACAGUCGGAGUGUUGACUAUUGGCGUGGAUAUAUUGGGCAAUCCAAAAACUUGAAAGCUCGGAUCACACAGCAUAAGAACGCAAUUUUGUCAGGAGAUGACAAUACUUUACACUAUUACAUUUUAGUAAAAGGUACUGGGUAUCGUUCAGCAAAUUUCCUUCGGCUUUGGACUUUAGAUUUGGACUCCUCCAUGGACCAGACUCUUGCAACUUUGGCCACAAAUGUGUUGGAAAUGGUUUUUUGUAAGGCCUUUCAGACACUUCCAGCGGCUACACUGGAAAGAUACUUUGGCUCUCCUGUGUCUGAAUCAUAUUCGACGAUAGGACUAAAUGUUCUACCGCCUCUUUAUCAAAAUCUUCCACUUGGGGGCUCGUUUCUCCAAAGGUUUACAUUGUACUGUGAAACUUCCCUUGAUACCGAAAUUCAAGAAUGGCCACAAUUUCGAAUGGAGCAGAAAAAAUACGAAGAAUCCUCUGAUCGGGCUUCCAAACGUUCUUUAACAAAGGAACACUGUCAACAAACUCUGAAUACAGCCUUGAAGGCAAUUGGAGUUUUCACUAGACCUGAAUUUCUCUAUGACAGAUCGGUUAUCAGGUAG